GCAUUAAGAACUGGUCUUAACAGUGGCUGAAGCUUGUGGGUUGUUCGGAACAAUGGCUCUCAGUCACGUAGUUUUUGUUUGUAUUUUGGUGGUUGCGUUUUGGGAUUUUAAGACUGUUGCGUAUCCUGAUUUUAUCGAAGAAAAUGGUUUGAAUAUCAAUGGUUCCAAUAUUUGCCAAGAUCCCACUUCCAAAACCAAAAACGUCACAUUUCGAGAAAAAGUCAAGAAGAAAGUGUCUUACGCCGUCCCAUGCUAUCAUUUGAUUCCAAUGAUUAUAGUGAUAUCGAAAGUACUUGUUAAAAAUUGCACCAAAUACAAUUCUAGAACAGAGAUAGAGGAAAUAGAAAAAGUAUUUCCCCAAAAGCUCCACGGGUAUUCAUUACGCUGCUGUUAUGGAUGGAAGAAGAUCAACCAAAACGAUACAGAAUGCUUGAAACCAAUAUGCGUCCAUGGAUGUAAACACGGCAAGUGUGUGGCAGCUGAUACUUGUGCCUGUGAUCGAGGUUGGAUAGGCUUCACGUGUAGCCAAGACGUCAACGAAUGUGACAAGAACAAUGGCGGCUGUCAACAAGAAUGUCUCAACACUCCAGGUUCACAUACGUGUGGCUGUACAAGAGGAUACAUCACUGAUGCUACGGACAAAACCAAAUGUAAAGAUAUCAAUGAAUGCCAGGCACCACAGCCACGUUGUCUCUGCGCUAACAGCGUUCCACAAUGCAAUGCAACUUGUGUGAACACUAUUGGUAACUUCAAAUGCGUCUGUCCUAAAGGGUACCAAUUAAACGGGCCUAACACCUGCACUGAUGUAGACGAAUGUCUGUCCAGCAUUACUAACGACUGUCCACACAAGUGCAUCAACAAGCCAGGAAGCUAUGAAUGUCCAUGCUUUAAAGGAUUCAAGUACGACAAGAAGACCAGUACUUGCAAGGAUUUAAACGAAUGUGCAGACAACAACGGUGGAUGUGAGCACAGAUGUCUAAAUUUCUACGGUUCGUAUCGUUGUCGUUGUAAUCGUGGCUACCGCAUGGCACCAGACCGUAGGAAGUGUCUACCAUAUAUAUAAAGUGAACACACCGUAAAACUAUCCUUGGAAGAUUCAUUGAAUUACGCCGGAAGAAAUUGGAAAUAUACCCUAAAGGAAGACAAGAAUUAUCAAGCAGUUUUAAUACUGACAACUAAAAUCAGCAUGUUAUACAUUAAAAAAAUAGCUGAGGGUGGGGGAUAUCUAAGAAAUUAUCACAACCUAAUCUAGUCAGUGAAAGCCCUUAUUAAACUGUAAUGGCAUGUCGAACAUACAUUUUUAGAUAAACAUUGGGUUGGCACAUUUAACGUUAGAAGCAUAGAAUCAAUUUUUCUGAGCUAUUUUUCAACCCGGCAUGUCCCUAUUAAUCGUUUUAUCAUAGCGUGAUUGUCUAUGGUGUUUAUAAAGAACCGUCACGUUUCGUGCUUUAGCAAAAAGGGCAAAAUAACUCAGGCCUGGCAAGUUACCGCCUUAUCCUGCAGCUAUUUCAUUGUGAAAUAGAUAUUUACUAAUACACUUAGUAUUUCACUAGUUAUAUGCCUUAACUCUAUGCAACAGAUGAGGAUUUUCAGUGGCAAAUGAGAUCUGAUAAGAGUGAAAAUGUUAUUUUCAGUCAAUUGGGUACUAAGUGGAGGAGCUAAUAAUAAUGUAAUUUAGAUAUCAUGUUAAAGGUCAAAAUUAUCAGGAAUGUGCUUCCUUGUUUUGUUCUGUCUUGUUUUCUCAUACCAAAAUAACGUGAUGAUCCUCAAUGAUGGCCAGUGGCCAGACUGUAAUGUUUUCUCAAUUAUUUUCUAGCUACCUGCAAAGUUUACUAUCCAUUUUUGAGGAGUUAUUAUGUCAUCGUCUAUAUGGAUUAACAUUGCAGAGAAGGAACGGGGACUGAUUCAUGCGUCUUGUAUGUAAAUGUAACACCAAGCAAUUUGCAAUGCUAGAAUAUGAUUUCAUAUGUACUGUAAGGCCGACAACACGAAAAACUCGAUAUGGCUUAAUAGAGCUUUUAAAGGAUACUCGCUUUGAAUCCACUUGRACUUUGAUUCAUGGUUCAGGCAAGUUGGAACAUAUCGGUGGACUGUGGGGAAAUAAACAACCUUUUUACUUGUGGCUGGAGGGACGUUUCCAUGUCUUUAGUGAAUUCUAAUUGCUUUGUGCGAACUUUUGUCACUCAAAAAUGAAUUUUCCUUGUAAAUGUUCUUUAUAAAAGCCAACUAGCCUUAGAUCUCACACAGUGUGAAUGAAUCAAAAUAAAUACUAAAAUAAGUCGGAGAGCCGAUAUCGAUAUUUCGGUAGAAGGAUUAGAUGUUGCUUGGAAUGUUGUUCCUGUUUUGAUCCCAAUAUUAGAAAGCAAACAAGGUUUUUGUUACAUGUGCACCAGUAACAUUAGAAGCUUGAAAAAAAAGAUAAUAAUAAUUCUACGAGUCACCCAAAACGCCAGGCUCGCUUUGAGGCCCGUAAUUUAGUAGACUUGAACUAAUAAUGUCAUCCUUGCAAACUGGGCUUUAGAUUUUAUUUGUAGCUGUUUUUUUAAGGAAAGAUGUUCAAGAAUUGGAGUUUUCAGUUUUUAAUUCUACUGCUCACUUUGGUUCUUGUCUACUCCCAGAAGGUGCUAAACCCCGAUAUGUUCUACCUCAAAGGAGGAAAUGUUUGCCAAAACACAAGUUAUGAAAGUUUUACUUACCCUCCGAUGCCGGAAGUUACCCAUUUCAUGGAAACAAGGGAAACCUCAUGUGGACUUUUUGGUUGGAGUCGUUGCAAUGUAAGAAGAAAAGCAACAAAAACUCUAUAUGUCAUUCGAACUGGAACAGAGCCAGUGAUUCAGUUGUACUGCUGUCCUGGAUGGAGGUCGAACACGACCAUUGAUGGCAAAAAAGUUUGUGACCAACCAACUUGUUCUCUUGGUUGUGGUCCCAAUGGUGGAGAAUGUGUAGCACCAGACACAUGCAAGUGUAAAUCGGGAUGGACUGGUACCUUCUGUGGAAGAGGCAAGACCUUUUGUGCAUGGCUUGGCUAUAACGCCUCAAUAUGUGGUUAAAUUGGUUAUUACGACAAUGGUUAUUUACGUUUUGUUCAGGGAAUUUUAAUUAAACUAACAAACAUGA